CGAUUUUUUUGAUCUCUGCUACAAGUCUGGGAAAAGCAUACUAGGGUGAAAUUGCCAAAAGCGAAUGAGGUUUGUGAUAUCCAUUACACUCACCAUAACUGAAGUUUCCCAUAGCUGAAAUAGUAUCUUCCAAAAACCCCUCUUUAAGGAGGGCCCGACCCGGCCCGAGUAUGAUGAACCGGGUGUGAAGCGGCGUGAGCGAUGAGCGACGAGGGCAAGCUUAGCAGAAUUUAACAACAAUUUCUUCAAAAUGGUACAUACAAAGCUGCUGCAAUUUCCCCCAAGAAUGGCCGCUUUCUUCUGCAGAAAAUGGCCCCUAUCAAACGGAAUUAUUGGCAGCUCAUGGCGGCGCAUUAUCGAACUGCAAAGAGUUCCUUUUGCACCGCCCAUCGGAAAAUUCUUCUCGUCAGAUAGACUCGCGUCGAAAGACGAAGAGCAAGAGCUUGUCAUCGCCACCAUCGCUGCCGCCUCAUCCAAGAAAGUAGCCGGGAACGCGGAGCUUGUCAAAAUCAUCCUGAGGGACUACGGAUUCACCGAUGCCCGGAUCUCCAAAAUGGCCGCCGUGCGGCCCUCUAUCCUCUCUUGCAAUCCGGACAAAAUCCUCCUUCCCAAACUCGAGUUCUUCCGCUCCAUAGGCCUGUCGAGCACGGACCUCCCGAGAAUCAUCUGGGCAAGCAAGGGCCUGUUGUUCCGGAGCCUGGAAAAGCAGCUUAUCCCUUGCUAUAAUUUCCUGAAGAGCGUGCUUCUUCUCGACGAAAACGUCCUUAAGAUGUUGAAGCGCGGACCCGGCAUUCUUCUGCACGACGUUGACAAGACGAUUGCCCCAAAUCUAGCCGCACUGAGAGAAGCGGGCGCGCCCCAAUCCAUCAUCUUCUUCAUGUUGAUUCGUUCCCCCCGCGCGAUACAUCAGGAUACACAGAAGUUCAAAGAAAGCCUGAACAAAGCCGUGCAAAUGGGAUUCAACCCGUCGAAAUCGACAUUUGCGUGUGCCGUCCAAGUGCUCUGUGAAAUGCCCGAGUCAACUUGGGAUCAUAAAAUGGAGGUUUACGGGCGCUGCGGCAUGUCCAGAGAUGAAGUUCUGCUGGCUUUCAGGUCACACCCACUCUGUAUGUAUUUAUCCGAGGAGAAAAUUACGCGAGCAAUGGACUUUCUUGUUAAGGAGAUGGGUUGGAAGCCAGCCGCCGUUGCCCGGUGCUCUGCUGUCAUCUUCUUUAAAUUGGAGAAAAGGAUCAUGCCACGAUGCGCAGUUAUUAAAGUUCUACUGGAACGUGGCUUGGUGAAGAAAGAUAUAUGCUUGAGUACGUUUUUAUUGCCUAGUGAGAAGUCUUUCUUGGAUUUGUAUGUAAAGAGAUAUGAAGAUGAUGUUCCAGGUCUCAUGGGUGUUUUUAUGGGAAAAAGAGCUUCUCAAACCAGGAUAUGAGUAAAGGAGAUGAAACCAGCAGAAUUAAUGGCUUCUGUAUUGAAAUCGUUUUUUGCAAGACAUGGGGUGAUCUUCUUACUAAAAUAAGGUUGGUCUGCAAUAUUCCGCAUUUCAGACUGUUGGCUGGAAUUGUACAAUCUCCAAUCAGCAAAAGCUUCAACAGGUGGUCGAUGGAAAGAUCAAAAGGAUGAUAUUUUCUUUUCAUUUUCUCGAGAUGACAGAUAGUACAUGCUGCUCUGCUGCAGUAUUACAUGACUACUUCCAGACCAGGCUAUUGCAUUUCAAACAUGCUCCUCACAUCCAGCCUACAUACAUAUAUACAAGCUACAUUGCAUGAGUGUGCAGGAAUUUUUCCAAGGUCCCCAGUGCAGCAGUAGCUUCAGUUUCGGUUCAUCACCUGCCCAAAGCACCAUGCAUACAACACAUGAUACUAAAAAGGUAGUAUUUUCUACCACACGUACGGAUGCCUCAUGCCUGUCAAUGUAUCAUUUUUUCAGUUACAAAACAUUUCAAGCGCAGCUAAACUAAAUUUGAUGGUUAAACUAAAUUUGAUGGUUAGCAACAUCACAUGAAAAACAAACUUACAAACGAUUUCAAUGCAGAAACCAUGAAUUCGGAUGAUUUCAUCUCAUUGACUCAAAUCCUGGCUUAUGAAGUUCCCUUUUCCCAUAUAAACACCUAUCAGACCUGAAACAUCAUCAUUUUCAUAUCUCUUCACAUACAAACCCAAGAAAGAUUUCUCACUGUGGACUAAAAACGUACUCAAGCAUAUAUCUUUCUUUACCAAACCACGUUCCAUUAGAACUUUAAUAACUGCACUGCACAUCGUGGCAUGAUCCUCUUCUCCAAUUUAAAGAAGAUGACAGCAGCAGCAGGGCACCGGGCAAUGGCGGCAGGCUUCCAACCCAUCCCCUUAACAAGAAAGUCCAUUGCUGCACAUCUUCAAUGUUGUUAACCAUCCAAUUUAGUUUAACUGCCCUUGAAAUGUUUUGGAAGUGCAAAAAUGAUAUAUUGACCGGCAUCGAUCGUGUGGUAGGAAAUACUACCUUUUUAGUAUCGUGCGCUGUAUGUAUGGUGCUUUGUUUAUCCUGUUCUCCUUGUCUUCUCGGUUUGCAAGACAUUUGGGUAAGCUUGGUACCAGAGUAAGGUUGCUCUUUUGUGAUUAGGAGAUUACAAUUUUAAAUUGUAGAAAUAUUCUUUUUGUAAACCAAACAAAGGGAGUGACAGUUACAAAUUUGACCCUCUCUUAAUCCUCGCCAAACAAGGAGCCUCUCAAUUGCACAUCGUUUUAAUUUAUUUUUAUGUAAUGUUUAUUUUCUUUGUUGAUUGAUUCAGUGUCAACUCAUUCAUUGCUUUUCCAUUA